UCCGUCCGCCGCAGCAGAAUCUCCAUCAGCCGCUCCAACGUGAACUCAGCACGGGAAGCGUCUGUCAAACACGACGCAAACAGCGUCUUGUCAGUAGAUUGGUCCCUCUCAGCAUCAGAUAUGGAAGCGGCAUUCUCCUCCAGUCAGUGCAGUUAUGAAGAGUAUAAGGAGACAGCAGACUGGCUACUGGCCCACACGGAGCAGCGUCCUAAAGUAGCCAUCAUCUGUGGUUCAGGCCUGGGCGGUCUGGCUGACCUGCUGGAUGACAAGACUGCGUUCCCGUAUAAGGAUAUUCCACGUUUUCCCACCAGCACUGUGCCGGGCCAUGUCGGUCAGCUGGUGUUCGGGAGGCUGCAGGGCCGUGAGUGUGUCUGCAUGCAGGGGAGAUUCCACUUCUACGAGGGCUACAACAUACACACUGUGACGUACCCGGUGCGAGUCUUCUUCCUGCUGGGCGUGGAAACUCUGAUUGUGACAAAUGCGGCGGGGGGACUCAACGGCAGCUACAAUUUGGGAGACAUCAUGCUCCUAAAGGAUCACAUCAACAUGCCAGGCUUUGCAGGGCAGAACCCGCUUUGUGGACACAAUGAUGACAGGUUUGGAGUGCGUUUUCCUUGCAUGUCGGAUGCCUACGACCGUGAGCUGAGGGCUCUGGCCAAGCAAACGGCAAAGGAGCAGUGCUGCGACGGCUUCCUGCAAGAAGGGGUUUACUGCAUGCUGGCUGGGCCGUCAUAUGAGACCAUUGCAGAGUGCAGAGCACUGCAGAUGCUGGGAGCGGAUGCUGUGGGUAUGAGUACAGUGCCAGAGGUGGUUGUGGCUCGUCACUGUGGCUUGCGUGUCUUGGGUCUCUCCCUCAUCACCAACAACGUUGUGACGGAUUAUGACAGCGUUGAGAAGGCAAACCAUGAGGAGGUGCUGAGGACCGCCCAGCACAGAACCCAGGACCUCCAGAGGCUCGUCAGCCACCUCAUCGUCAAGAUCUAGUACCUUCAUCUGAAAUCUGCAGACUAAAAACAUGUCCAGCCUCCCAAUUAUAGCAUUGGUGAAUGGGAUUGCUUUGAGGUUAAAAAUGUUUUGGUGCAGAUGGUAAACUGGUCAAGUAUGUGUGGAUAGGUUAUAACUUGAGGUAGUGGGCAGAAGAAAGAAGUGUUUUGAGAAUGUCAAUAUGCCACUUGUAAUAGCUGGAAAUGUCCAUGGCAUUUGACUAAUAUUGACUAUUGUAUGUGUCUUUUGCUAUUCGGUGCUAUUGUAGUAUCUGGAUUUAUAACGGACAUUUUAUUUUUGGUAACAAAGAAACUCGUAUGAACUUUAGCCUACAUUCGCUGGACACUUCUCUGGAAACAUCUGGAAAGAAUUAGGGAUGCCCUUGUUGGCUUGGUUCCAAAAGGAUGAUAGCCAUUGGUCAA